AUGACGCCCGUGCCGUACACGCUGUCUCUUCAGGUUCCUCCCGACGCCCGAGAAGGCGAUAACUUGACCUUUACAGUAGACGGUGUGGAAAUGGAAAUCCCGGUGCCCCCCGGUACCCUACCCGGACAACUCUUGUCCGUGCAGUUGGGGGACGAAACGUCUCGGGGGCCGAGCGACGAAGACCCGGAUAUUUCGGAAGAUUCCGUCACGAUUCCGCUCGCGGACGGUCAAACACUGGUACUCGCUACGGUAUUGCCGUCGUCACCGGAGAUUUUGGAAAUGGACGAGUCCGAUGGGACGCAUGCCCUGGCGUGGCCGGCGGGACAAUGGUUGGCGGACUCCUUGGCCCACCACGUACCCCGCUUGCCGUGGAACGAUAAGAAAGACAACCUUGUACUGGAACUAGGAUCCGGACUCGAUACCGCGGGCAUGGCGUUCGGUCACUGCUUUGGUCAGAAAAUACAACGGUUGGUCUUGACGGACCAUGCGGCCGCCGUGCCUUUGCUCCAACACAACGUACGGCAAAAUCAGGCUCUCUUACCCUCCCAUACGGUCGUUCACGAGUUGGAGUGGUCCUCGGCUCCUACCGACCGGAAUACCGCGACUAUUUCUUACGAUUGGAUCCUGGGGUCGGAUAUUUUGUACAAUACCGAGUCCAUUCCCGCACUAGUCUCCACGAUCGAACAAUUGCUUGGUGAACAUGGGGGCGUUUUGGUUGCCGUCCGGUGGCGCAAACCGGACAUCGAACGGAGUUUCUUUCAAACACUAAGAACCGGAUGUCGCAACCUGAAAUGGAAGCUUCUCGACGGUGCAUCGACCACCCAUUGGUCCGAGUAUGGGAAAGCCAGCGACAUCUUUUUCCAGCAAACCAUGAUUGGAAUCGGGGGAAAACCCAAGGCAUUGGGCUACAUUACGGAGCAAGAUACCGAACGAAUGUCGCAAGGCGAGUACGAUGCCUGGGAUCGAGCGCAAAUGCAACUCUACCUGGGAACGAGUGCCUAG